ACUUGGGUCUCUCAUGGUUUCCAUGUACUCAUGAACACCACUAAUUGCAUAUAAAGAGGCUGAGAUCUGUCUUUCCACUUUCAUCCGAUCGAAUUCGGAGAAUUGCAGUUGCUCAUGAUCACUUGUCCCAAAUGCAGUUGUUGUACUGCUGUAGUUCUGGUUCCUGGGGAACUCCAGAUCAAUUUCACUGGAAGCUUCAAAUUGAAACCUACUCUGAUCAUAUCCAUUGUGAUUAUCAAGGCCAAAGCUCCAUGGCAUGAGAUCAGAAGGAGGAGAAGUCAAAUCAAGCUGCAAUCCCCCAUUGCAGGUGCUCAAAUCGGGCUUGUACACAUCAUCAAACAGCCUCGUAUCAGGAAGCACUACCUCGCUACAGCUCGAAUUGUCAUCGCUUAUGCUACAGCUGCUGCUUGUUGUUAUGCUGCUGGUGCUGCAGCUAGGGCUAAUGCUAGUAUGGACUUGUGGUGGUGGUGGUGGAAGUGGUGGAAGUGGUGCAGGUUUCGAAUCCUGGAAGCGAGUGGGGAGUCAAAGGAGACAUGAGUGAUGAAGUUAGUACGAGUAUUCGAGCCACGAAGAAGGGUGGCA